UCCACACACACUCCCGUCCAUCCAUCCCCACACACACACUCGCCCUGUUGCAGUGUGUGAGUGAUCAGUCAGAAGAAGAGCAGCUCACAGUCAUUGUCUGCCUGCCUGGCUUCUCUGCUCAGGCUGGAUCUGAUUCCUGACAGGGAGCGGCCAGCCAUCGCCCGGAGCAGGAAGAAGAGGCCACACAACGCUGAUUCAAUUUUACACUGGAGUCACCCAGAAACAAACCAACCGAUCCUUAACCACCCAGAGAAGAAAAAUAGAAGGGAAAAAAAGACGAGGGGAAAAGAAGUGAUGGCUUUUGCCAACAUUGGAGAGGACCAGGAUGACCUAAAUGAAGUGAUGCGUGAGGAGAUGGAGGACGUCUUCAUCUAUGAUGGAGUGUCGUCCCGUGUCCCAGAGAUCAUGGCGGCUGGAACCCACUCCCCCGGGGGACCCAAUGGGAUCAUCCGGAGCCAGUCCUUCGCCGGCUUCAGCACGCUACAGGAAAGACGCUCGCGGUGUAACUCAUUCAUGGGGAACUCUGCGGUGCAGAAGAAGCCCACAUCCAAGCCCAAGAAGCCCCAUCUGUCAGGGCACAAGGCCAGCAGCGGCUCCAGAGAGCCCCAGCCCAAGAGGGUGGAGGAGGUGUACGUGGCCCUCAAACAAGGCCUGGAUGAGUAUCUGGAGGUAUACCAGACUGAGCUUGAUAAACUCACCUCUCUGAUGAAGGACAUGAAGAGGAACUCCAGACUGGUGAGUCAGGAUGGAGUCCUGUACGAUCUUGACAAGCAAAUCAAAACCAUCGAGAGGUAUAUGAGGCGGUUGGAGUUUCAUAUGAGCAAGGUGGAUGAGUUGUAUGAGGUGUUCUGUAUCCAGAGGAUGCUGAGAGAGGGAGCCAGUAAGAUGAAGCAGGCCUUCUCUGCCUCUCCCUCCACCAAGGCCACCAGAGAGAGCAUAUUAGAGGUCAACCGCAGAUACAAGGAGUACACAGAGAAUAUGAGCACGUUUGAGGUGGAGCUGGAGAACUUGUUGGGGGAAUUCCAUAUCAAAAUGAAAGGUCUUGCUGGCUUUGCUCGUCUGUGUUCAGGAGAUCAGUAUGAGAUCUUCAUGCGGUAUGGUCGUCAGCGCUGGAAGCUGAAAGGGAAGAUAGAGGUGAACUCCAGACAGAGUUGGGACGGAGAGGAGAUGGUCUUCACGCCCCUCAUCACAGACCUCAUCAACAUCAAGGUUACCGAGCUGAAGGGUUUAGCCACUCACAUCCUAGUGGGCAGUGUGAUCUGUGAGACCAAGGACCUGUUCACGGCCAUGCCUCAGGUGGUGGCUGUUGAUGUCAACGACCUGGGAACAAUCAAACUCAAUCUGGAGGUCACAUGGUUUCCGUUCGAUGUGGAGGACCUGACUCUCUCUUCAGGCAACGUGAGCAAGGCCACCGCCCUGCAGAGACGGGUGUCUGUCUACAGCCAGGGCACGCCAGAGACACCCACCUUCCAGGACCAGUCCUUCUUUUCCACCCUCCCUGAUGACGUCUUUGAGAAUGGUGGGUGUGGCAACUCUGAGUGCAAGCGCCUCUCCUUCACCUUUUCCGAUACGUCAGUCUCCUCCCUCAGCCCAAGCCUCGCCCCAGGCCAGUCCAACCCCGAAAUCACUGUCACGCCGCCUGACAUGAACCAUUGGCCUCAAAUACCCCCCAGGGAAGACAAAGGGGUAGAAGAGAUGGUUCGGGUGCAUGCAGACGUAGUGGAAGAGGAGGGUGAGGAGGAAGAGGAGAGUGGUGACAGCGGCGGUAGCGUGAGUGUUAGUCUGGUCAGCGAGGAAGUGGAGUCAGAGUGGGAGAGGGCAGAGUUCCAGCUUAAUGUAGGUUCCUCCUCUCUCUGCUCCGAGAGCCAGUUGUCAGCUUUGGCUCCUGAGGAUGUGUUCCUGGACCACGCGGGGUCUGACAGGGAUGGAGAUGAGGACGACAGCUCAGAGCUGCUGAAGCCCGUGGAACUGGACACUGAAGAACCAGGCAGCUUGACCAGGCAACUGGUGAGGAGGCUGACGUCGUCCGACAUUCUGCCCGAGGUGGUGGGUCUGAGCUGGGCCGGGGAGGGAAGCAAGGCCUUCCUGGAGAGCAGCCUGGAAGAGGCCCUGCACAGCCUGCUGCUGAGGUUGGAAUCACUGGGACAACGCUGUAGAGAGAUGCAGGACCUGGAACAGGAAGUGAUGCGCCUGGAGGACCUGCUCAAGUGUCGUCUCCCGGGCCACAGGAGCAGGUCGUCCAGUCUCAGCCUGACGGUUGAGAGCGCUCUGGAGAGCUUUGACUUCCUCAACACCUCCGACUUCGACGACGAUGACACGGGUGAUGACCACGUCCUCCACCACUCUGUGUUCUUUGACAUGGAGGUGGAGAGGAUUGGGCCUGGAGGCCAGCACCCAGAGGCCAGGGGCCACCUGAGUGAAGCCCUGACGGAGGACACCGGGGUGGGCAACAGUGUGGCCGGCAGCCCCCUGCCUCUCACCACUGGCAAUGAGAAUCUGGACAUGGCCAUCGUCAUUCAUCUGCAGUACUGCGAUCAUCUCAUCCAGCUACUGUCCAGUGGAGGGAGCCCGUGGCAGCGUAGAGCCCAGCUCCAGAAGCUCUCAGCUCAGACUCAGCUGCUAGAGGAACUGGGAGAGAUCAGCACAGAAUGCCUGGGGAGCAUCACCUCGGCUGCUGACGUGCUCCCAGGGCUGGCAGAGCGGCCAGGGCUGAUGGCUCUGUGGUCAGAGUGUAGUGGUUCUGGAGGACAGUUUCACACUACGCUGGACCGGGUGCUUAAACACAUGCACCACAGCUACACCAGUCCACUGCAGGAGAGGCACCCACACACCACAGCUGAAACAGUGAUCUGGCUGGUGGUGAGUGAGAUGGUGGACAGGAGUGAACUGGCCUCCCCUCCUUCCUCGGCCCUGUCCCAGGACGUCCUCACAGUGUUCCAAUUCCACAGCUACGUCUCAGAGCACAGUGUUGGGGACAUGAAGGAACACCUACUGCAGGUGGCUAGAGAGGCUGUGUUUGCGGAAGGCCUGAGCAGCGGCGACUCGGAGCGUUGUCUAAAGGAAUUAGAAGAGGUGUCACACACCGGCCUGUGUCCCCAGUUGCAGACUCUCAGGGCCCUGGCCUCCCUCCUCUCCCACAAAGACCCCCAGCUCAGCAAGGCCGCAACUGCCUACAUCACUUCCGCUGCCUCUCACACACCCUUUAGGUCAAAGGCGGUGGACUGCUACACACAGUCCUUGUCGGAGGGGGGAGUUCUAACGCAAAGGUCUGCCUGCGCUGCUCUCAGUUGUCUACAGGCGGUAGAGAGUAUUCGAGCGGUGGUGUUGCUGUGUGACUCGGCAGACGAGGAGCUUCACCACAUUGCCAUAGAAACCCUGCUCACCUUGGGAGAGGAGGGGCGUCUGGCGUAUGAGCAGCUGGACACGGUGCCCAGGGAGCUGGUACAACUGGGGACACGGCGAGGGACCGCUGUCACCACCGCCUUCUGAAAGCACAGGUCUAAUUAACUUAACCUAGGAGCAUCAUAACCACAGGAGGGGGACAACCCCCUCCCCCCCAACAGAACAACCUGUCCUGGCCUCCCUACACUGCGCCUGAACAUUUGAAUGGACACAGCUAGGGGGAGGGGCCUGAUCAAAGCAGAGGAGCCCAACUCAUCUUCAAAGGGCCACAUGUCUCAUCCUCAACAGACUGGUCUAAAUCCUAGCUGUCCACUGAUCACCACUAUUAAGCAAUCUCUCACUGCACAGACAGAGCCUAUUUACUAUCAUAACUAUUAUUAUGAAUCUUAUUAUCACGGUUGUGUUUGACAUUGUUAUUAUCAGUAUCACAGUUAUGAUUGAUUUAUAUAACUGCUAUUAAUUAUUUGUUUUAGUAAGUGACGUUCACAUUAGUCGACGGCUAUUUGUACUUUGGAAUUGCACUGUGGCAGGCAUGUAAAUAUCAUAGCACAGCAUUAAACUCUGUGUGAUAAUGAGUGACGCAUCGAAAUGGAUUGAGUUGGUGUUUUUCUGAUAUGCACCGUUGAGUUUCAGGGAUUUUACAGACAGUUUGAACACUUUCUGUCAGAGUGUGUCAUGGAUGAGAAGUCAGAAGACAGAUUCAGGUUGCUCAGGAGGAGGUAGUUAAGCAAUGUUCGCAAUCUCACGUCAUCAACAUGCAAAAAGAGGAAGACGGUGUCUUACCGGCCAGCAAUGUCCUCACUUCAUCAACAUGCACAACGUGGAGAUAAUCAUAUAUUUGGACUGCUUAACAAACUCUUCUACCCACACAUGCCUGGGAUCUGCAUUCAGAGUGUGAUUGAAUGUCUGCUUGCUGGGAACUGAUUUGAGAUCAGUUGUUUAAGCCACUGGAGGAGAUUGAUCAGAAUCUAUUGUUUUGGAAGCAGGUUGGCCUCCAUGCAUGUGCCCAUUACUACAUGUACUGCUCUUUUAAUCCUAAUGGUACUAAUGCAGUCUAGGAGUAUGUGUUAGUUAGGUAAUGUUAGUGAGAAAUGAGAACGUAACUGCUCCAUAGCGGUACAGAUCAGAACCAAGGGGUUUGUAUAAGUUGGGAUGUUGUCGAGGCUAUAGUGCUCCGUAUAGCUUCUUAUGCCUAUUGUAACUAUACUACUGAGUCCGUGGCUUCAUUGCCACGACAACAAAACAUGUUUGUUUCUCGACCUAAUUUAUUUUCUUAUUUACACGUCACAUUUUGGAUUCUAAUAUUCUUUAAUUUGCAUGUACUUUUUUGAGUAAGAGGGCAGAAUGCAGAUACUAGUCAAAUUGUUUAUUUUUCUGCUUCUGGUUGACAUUUCAAAUAUUGGCCUCAAAUUCAUUUUGGGAAUGAUCUUGCUUACAUAAAAUGUAACUCAAAAUGUGGAUUUGUUUAGCUCUUUUGGAAUUUGUUUAUGCGUUUAAAGGAAAAUCCACUCAAAAACUAUAUUUUGGGAGAGUAUCAAUAGUAGACUAAUGAAAACAAAUACCAAAAAGCUGUUUAAGUGGAUUCUUCCUUUAAGUAGAAUGACUGGCUGAUUAUUAUUUGGAGAGGAUUUUCCAAUAUCAUAUAGCUUUGGUCCAAAUGGGACAGUAGAUAUUAGAGAAUGUUACUUUAUUACGCAAGUGACUCAUAACCAAAGUAAAGCCUGAGUUUAAGAAGAUCAUCUUUUGUAAGAAUGAAUUAUGAACCUAUCUGCAACCUGGCCUCUACACCCAGACUCACCUGAAAAGCACAACAAUAUUAAUCAAUGUUAUCUAAAUGAUCAUCCCAAUCCUGCGACAUUACAUCGGGUUCUAACUAAUUGCACACUCUCCAAAAGCCAUAGCGAUGAAAUAGGUGUAGUUAAGGCAGUAAUAUGUGAGAUAAUGUUAUUUUUUUCUUUUGUAUAUUAAAGCUGUAAGUGUGAGUUGUUCAAAUUGAAGAUGGCUUUUUGUUUUUCUAUGUCAAAGUGGCCUUGUGUUCGCUGAACAUGGUCUAUAUUUUGAGUAACAAUGCCUGUUUCUCCCAUGAUGUGAAUAACAUUACAGUAUUUUAGUAAGAUGAUACUAGUUACUUCAAGGACUAAUUCUAACAACAUCCUUGUUCUUUUCUCUCCACGAGGCCUCUGCUUUCUUUCUACUAAACGUGACCAGUGUUGUGAAUUGACAUUUUGCUUCAAUUCAAAUCCAAGUCAUCAGAUUAAAGACGUCAGUCAAAUAAUUCAACGUUGUUUAAUAUUCAUCAUAUUUUAUAUAACCACACAUGAUUUGCAUUAUAUCUUUACAUUAUGGUAAACCUCGGAAUUGAACAGAAAACACACAGAAAGGUUAUGUCACAUAGCUUCAGUAGACUGCAUUACAUUAUUUUCUCCUAUUGGUUUACAGUAUUUCUCCUGCUGAAUGAAAGUGGCAAUAAAGUUUAUUUUUGCAUAAUUAUGAAAA